AUGUCCGACCAAGCACAGCGUCGUAUCCAGGCUGUCGGCCAGCAUCUCGAGGGUGGCGGAGGCAGCUCAUCAUCAUCAUCAUCAUCAUCAUCGUUGCCUCCGAUCAAGAAGGUGGCAGCCGGUUCGAGGACGCUUCGAGUCAAGGACAAGAUAGCCAUCAUUACAGGCACCAACUCCCCUAUGGGAAUCGGCCGGGCCACAGCCCACCAGUAUGCCGAGUCUGGCGCCAAGGCCAUAUACCUGUGCGACUUUGACGACUCGUACCUGGACGACCACAAGAAAGAGUUGAACGAGGCCUACCCGUCCGUCGAGGUCCACACGCGCCAGCUGGACGCGGCCGACGACGUCAAGGUCAAGGCUGUGGUGGACGAGGCCGUGCGGCAGUACGGCAGGCUGGACGUCUACUUUGCCAAUGCUGGCAUCGUAGGGCCGCCCCUCAAGUUUGACCAAAUCUCCAGUGAGGAAUUUAUGGAGAUCAUGAGGGUCAACGCGCUCAGCGUCUUCGUGGCAGCCAAGCAUGCAGCCCCGGCCAUGCAGAAGACGUCUCCGUCUAAACCUCAGUCGGGAGGUUCCAUCAUCGGCACGGCGUCAGUGGCCGGACUACGCUCUAAUGCUGGGAGCACACCCUACUCGGCAUCCAAGGCGGCCGUCAUAUCCCUGGCCCAGACGGUGGCCUACCAGCUGGUUGGGACAGGCGUGCGUGUCAAUGCCAUCUGCCCGGGGCUCAUCGAGACGGGCAUGACGGAGACCGUCUACAGCGCUGCCAGGGCCCGCGGGACGGAAAGGAAGAUUGGCCAGCUCAAUCCGGCGCGGAGAGGUGGCCACGCAGACGAGAUCGCCCGCGUGGCGCUCUUCCUCGGCAGCGACGAGAGCAGCUACGUCAAUGGGCAGGCCUGGGCCGUCGACGGCGGGUUGAGCGCCGGUCACCCGUACGUGCCUGGAAAGCUUGCCUAG